AUGGAUUUCCUCCCAAGCCCAGAGAGCGCCUCGCGAAUCGGACUGUUCCUCCUUGCGGCAAGUGCAGUCUAUAUUCUCCUCAGCCGGUCGUCCAACAAAUCCCUGUUAAGCAGACUAUCCAUACGCGGCCGCAAAGACUCAACAGCUCGAACCCCACCGCGAUCCAUAUCCCCAGACAGGAAACAAGCCAACAGCGCCACAUCGCCGUCAAGCUAUGACCAUGCCCUUCCACCCUCACGUAGAGAGUCCCUCCUCCAGCAAAAAGGGGCCAUCAUACGUUGGAAGGAGGGCGAGGAAGCCGAAAUGCGCCAGAGGAUGUUGCCCAUGACCGCAGAUUAUAGGACCAGCCCAGGAAAUUUGUACACGCCGACUGGGUUCUCGGUAGACGACGUGAAAGCCCUGGGAGACUUCCCCGACUAUGCAACACUGAGCGGAGUUCCGCUUCCCAAGCCUUAUCCCGAACAUCAACUUGAAAAGGCAUUACCGCGCCCAUAUCGCCCAUUUAGAUGGUCGUACCACCAAACCAUGUCUCUAACCAAGUUGGAAAAUGACUGGUGGAUCGAACUCGAAAGCACAUAUAAGAGCCGCAUAGCCCAGCGCAAAGAGCUCUUCACGAAGAACGGCAAAGCCGUGCUCGAUGCUCUCCCUGGCUCUGAGUUGGCAUGCAAGGAACUCAUGGAGAUGGUGUUGCAGUACAUCUGUACUAGAUACCCGCAGUACUUCACGCUCAUCGACAAGCGAAUCUUGCAAAACUACAUCCUCGGUACCGAGCAGGAUAUCCGAGCCAAACCUCCGUUAGAGGUUCUUCUCGACAAUGUCCCCGAAGACUUUGCGCUGAUGUUGCGCGAUGACAAGACCGGCUAUUACUAUUUGCGAGCGGCUGUGAUUUGUUCUGCCCUCGGAUGGAAUGUUGAGUCCAAGAUCGGGCGUCGUCUGGACGCGAUCCAUGCUCCGAUUCCGGAUUAUAAGGAAAAGAUGCAGUUUUCAAUGGAUCGCUUCUUCACCAAAAUGCCGACAGAAAAGCCGAUCCAGCGAGGCUCAUGGGGUCUCGAGGUCGGAGAACCACUGUAUAUGCCUCCAGGCGACCCGCAUGAGGAAGUUCGAAACUCCCAAGACCCAAAGCUGAAGAUUGAAUAUUGCUCUUUACGGGUCGAUUGGCAGACUCUGCGUCGCCUCCCGCUGUCCGCGGCUGUGGUGUUCAACUUCAAGGCUGUAUUUAGCCCCAUCACUGAAUUCCGGGACGAGCCUGGCGUACCGGCACUGGUAGCCAAGGUGCUCAGGGAGGGGAAGAAAAGCAUCAUGGAAUACAAGGGCGUAUGGCAUGUUCAGCAUGUCAUUUUGCCGAAAUUGGAGGAGUGGGCAAAGGAGCAGGAGGAGAAAGGCCUCAUUCCAAAGGAUUGGGAGGUUGCUACCUUGGAUGAUAGCCCGUGGUUCAAGGGCUGGGAGGAGAAAUGGCAUCGGCAACAGGGAUUUUAG